AUGCAUCCUGAAAGUAGAAAUUCGACAAUACCAUUUCCAGUGCAAAAGUCAGAUAGCCUGGUAUUCCAAGGAAAGUUACAGCAGCUGCUUAAAAUGCAAGAGCAAGUCGACCAAGCGCCUCUCCUGAAGCAAAUUGAAGUUGCAAAGGAAAAGGCAAAAUUAUUGUAUGACGAGAUAAUCAACGUCAAAAGACACACCCAAGACACCAACUUGCAAAGGGUAUCCGCCAACGUCUUAACCAUACCUCGGGAUUCAUGGAAAUUAAGACUAUAUAACACAUUGCGUGGACACCAAAACAAAGUGGCAAAGUUGUGCUGGAAUGCAGAGUCAACAAAGAUAUUAUCAGCAUCUCAAGAUGGCUAUAUGAUCAUUUGGGAUGCAAUCACUGGAUUCAAAAAGCAGGCAAUUCAGUUAGACAACACGUGGGUGCUUACUUGUAGCAUGUCACCCAAUGAAAAUCUAGUGGCUUCUGCUGGGUUGGACAAUAAUUGCACCAUUUACAAAAUCAAGUCUGACACUUCAAACAAUCCCGUUCAAAUGCGGCAGCAGCAACAGUUCCGAAGCAACAUUUUCCCUUUACAAACAGGUUUCUCCCAAUCUGUCCAGUCAAUUUUCAAGAGCCAUACGGCGUACAUUUCAGAGUGCGAGUUCAUCGGCAAUAAUUCGAUCGUAACCGCCAGUGGCGAUAUGACAUGUAUGUUGUGGGACAUUACGAAGGGAUUCAAAUCUCGUGACUUUAUCGACCAUGUUGGAGAUGUGUUGUGUCUUACUGUUUUCCCACCAAAUAUCUUGCUGGAUAAUCUUUUUAUCAGCGGCUCUUCUGAUGGUUAUGCCAAGGUAUGGGAUUUGAGACUGCAAACACCAACCCAAAGUUUCAGCAUAUCCAACAGCGAUGUCAAUUGCGUAAGGGUAUUUCCAGAUGGGAAUACAUUUGCCGUGGGAUCUGACGACGGUCAGAUUAGGUUGAUUGAUUUGAGAAGUGAUUGUGAGGUCGCACACUAUUCCUUAAUUCUGGAAAUCAGAAACAUGCAAGGACUAAAUGAAACUGGCAUGGGACUGCAAUUAUUGUCACCAGCGACACCCUUUGAAAGAAAAACGUAUAGUCUUGGCAACAGCUACACUAUGCUAACUCCAUCAAGUGCUCCCAUCAAUGCAACAUUGGCCUCUAGCGAUGGACUUAGUAUAAGCUCGAGAAAUUCAACCUUGGAGAAUUCAGGUGUGUUUUCGCUCGAUUUUGGGAAAAGUGGACGCUUGUUGUAUUCCUGUUACCUGGAUUACGGGUGUGUAGUGUGGGAUACUUUGAAAAACGAGAUUAUUGGCACUUUGGGAAACGAGCAUUUGAACAAAAUAAACAAAGUGGCAGUUAGUCCUGAUGGCGUUGCUUUGGCAACUGGUUCCUGGGAUGCAACAGUAAAAGUAUGGAGUGUAUAA